CUGGCACGGAUUUGGCCUUCACUGGUAGCCUGGUAACAUACACUCCAGGUCUUUCUCUGCCUCUGUGGUGGAUAGUGGAGUGUUUCCCAUGUGGUAUUGGUGUGCUGGAUAUCCCUUCACUGGUAGCCUGGUAACAUACACUCCCAGGUCUUUCUCUGCCUCUGUGGUGGAUAGUGGAGUGUUUCCCAUGUGGUAUUGGUGUGCUGGAUAUCCCUUCACUGGUAGCCUGGUAACAUACACUCCCAGGUCUGUCUCUGCCUCUGUGGUGGAUAGUGGAGUGUUUCCCAUGUGGUAUUGGUGUGCUGGAUAUCCCUUCACUGGUAGCCUGGUAACAUACACUCCCAGGUCUUUCUCUGCCUCUGUGGUGGAUAGUGGAGUGUUUCCCAUGUGGUAUUGGUGUGUUGGAUAUCCCUUCACUGGUAGCCUGGUAACAUACACUCCCAGGUCUUUCUCUGCCUCUGUGGUGGAUAGUGGAGUGUUUCCCAUGUGGUAUUGGUGUGCUGGAUAUCCCUUCACUGGUAGCCUGAUAACAUACACUCCCAGGUCUUUCUCUGCCUCUGUGGUGGAUAGUGGAGUGUUUCCCAUGUGGUAUUGGUGUGCUGGAUAUCCCUUCACUGGUAGCCUGGUAACAUACACUCCCAGGUCUUUCUCUGCCUCUGUGGUGGAUAGUGGAGUGUUUCCCAUGUGGUAUUGGUGUGCUGGAUAUCCCUUCAUUGGUAGCCUGGUAACAUACACUCCCAGGUCUUUCUCUGCCUCUGUGGUGGAUAGUGGAGUGUUUCCCAUGUGGUAUUGGUAUGCUGGGUUUCCCCUCCCAAGGUAUAUGGCUUUACAUUUUCCUUCAUUGAAUUGUAGCAGCCAUUCAUUGCUCCACUUCUGCAGCUUGGUGAUGUCUUCUGAUAAGCGGUCUGCAUCCAAGGGGGUAACAACUACUUCCCUUCCUUCAUUCGCUGCUGUUCUAGUGUCCAGCUGUUUCCACAUGCUCACCUCUAUACUCUUUUUUACUGUUUUCAGGCACCUUUUCUCACAUCUACUUUUCUCAUCUUUUUGUUUCUCUUUUCAUAUUUUCCUUUUGUCCUCCUUUUCUCUUCCCUUUUUUUCUUUUUGUUCAAUUUUCAAUAUUUUUUUUUUUUGUCUUGUAUUUCUUUUCAUAAUCAGUGUCUGAACCGAAUGCCAAAUGUUUGGUUAGUUCACUAAAUAUCUGUCUACUUAUAUGCCAAUGUGUCUAUCGAUAUAUCUAUCUGUGAGUCAAUCAAUCAAUCUAUCUAUUUAUCAAU